GUGACGGGGAGGCGGUGCGGGAGUCGGAAGGGAAUCUCCGGGCGGGGUGGGGCGGGCGCCGGGUUUCCCGCGGUCCAAGCUGGCGCGGGCGGAGGAGAAUCGCUCUUAAAGGGCCAGCGCACGCGCGUUCUUUUGUUCCGGGGCCUCAGGGCGGGGCAGGCCCAACUUUCGCCGUCUUCUUGUCUGCUCUCCAGGACGGCCAUGAUUUCCCAGUUCUUCAUUCUGUCCUCCAAGGGGGACCCGCUCAUCUACAAAGACUUCCGCGGGGACAGUGGCGGCCGGGAUGUGGCCGAGCUCUUCUACCGGAAGCUGACGGGACUGCCAGGAGACGAGUCCCCGGUUGUCAUGCAUCAUGAUGGCCGUCAUUUCAUUCACAUCAGACACAGCAGCCUGUAUUUGGUGGUCACAACUUCAGAAAACGUUUCUCCCUUCAGCCUCCUAGAACUGCUCUCCAGGUUGGCCACUCUUCUGGGCGAUUACUGUGGCUCCCUGGGCGAGGGGACCAUCUCCCGCAAUGUGGCUCUGGUCUACGAACUCCUGGAUGAAGUGCUGGACUAUGGCUAUGUACAGACCACAUCCACAGAGAUGCUGAGGAAUUUCAUCCAGACGGAAGCUGUGGUCAGCAAGCCCUUCAGCCUCUUUGACCUCAGCAGCGUUGGCUUGUUUGGGGCUGAGACACAACAGAGCAAAGUGGCUCCCAGCAGUGCAGCCAGCCGCCCUGUCCUGUCCAGUCGCUCUGACCAGAGCCAAAAGAAUGAAGUUUUUUUGGAUGUGGUCGAGAGAUUGUCUGUACUGAUAGCAUCUAAUGGCUCCCUGCUGAAGGUGGAUGUGCAGGGAGAGAUUCGGCUCAAGAGUUUCCUUCCCAGCGGCUCUGAGAUGCGCAUUGGCUUGACGGAAGAGUUUUGUGUGGGAAAGUCAGAGCUAAGAGGUUAUGGGCCAGGAAUCCGGGUCGAUGAAGUCUCGUUUCACAGCUCUGUGAAUCUGGAUGAGUUUGAGUCUCAUCGAAUCCUCCGCUUGCAACCACCUCAGGGCGAGCUGACUGUGAUGCGGUACCAACUCUCCGAUGACCUCCCGUCACCGCUCCCCUUCCGACUCUUCCCCUCUGUGCAGUGGGACCGAGGCUCAGGCCGGCUCCAGGUUUAUCUGAAGUUGCGAUGCGACCUGCCCUCGAAGAGCCAAGCCCUCAAUGUCAGGCUGCACCUUCCCCUGCCUCGAGGGGUGGUCAGCCUGUCUCAGGAGCUGAGCAGCCCAGAGCAGAAGGCCGAGCUGGCGGAGGGAGCCCUUCGCUGGGACCUGCCUCGGGUGCAAGGAGGCUCUCAACUCUCGGGCCUUUUCCAGAUGGACGUCCCAGGGCCCCCAGGACCUCCCAGCCAUGGGCUCUCCACCUCGGCCCCUCCUCUGGGUCUGGGCCCGGCCAGUCUCUCCUUUGAGCUUCCCCGGCACACGUGCUCCGGCCUCCAGGUUCGAUUCCUCAGGCUGGCCUUCAGGCCGUGCGGCAAUGCCAACCCCCACAAGUGGGUGCGACACCUAAGCCACAGCGAUGCCUACGUCAUUCGGAUCUGAGGCUCCCCAAACGAGGACACGGCAGCCAAGGCGGCAGUUUGUCCCACGGAAGGACAGUCUUUUUCUUUUCCAGCCUCCUGGUCUUGGGACUCUCAAUCUGGGCAGGAAGAGUCCUCAGUCCCGAGAGACCAGGAUGGGGCAAUGGGCCCAGCCUCUCUGUGGUAUCUGAUGCAGGAAGGACUGCAGUGGAUCGGAACUUACAAACCAAACUUUUAUUCUGAGGAACUGACUGUACAAUAUCUAAAAAGAAAGUGACAUGAAAGGAAGCAAUCUACAACUUCCUUCCGCUUAGUAUGCAUGCACGUGUGUACAUGUCUGCAUGUGUGGGAAUCUGGGGGCUGGCAGGUGGAGCAUCACGAAGCAGGCUGAGGGGAGCCAGAGUUGGGGGGCUGGGAGCCAUUCGCUUUUGGAGUCCCUGGAGCUGGAGGGGGACUGUCCCCAGCUUCCUGCUUCCCCCCGCAGA